AGACUCGACAUGGCCUGUGCUCAGCCUGAGGAAAUUAAUAAGCAGCUGUGCUGUGCCGUCUGUUUUGAACAAUUCAAGGAACCGAAAGUUCUGCCAUGCUUGCACACCUACUGUAAAGGGUGCCUUGUGAAACUAGUGAAAAAAAAGGGACGUAAUCAUAUCAUAACCUGCCCAGAGUGCCGACAGGAAGUUAAAAUAACUAAUGGAGAUGUUGGCAAGCUGCAGUCAAAUUUCUGGGUGAAUAAUUUUAUGACCUUGCUAAGCAUGCAGGACAGUAACAUGUCUUCAUCCAAAAAGCCACUGGUGUGUGAGCAUUGCGACAGUGGGGAUCCAGCUGUGUCCCGAUGUACCAACUGCUGUGUUUUCAUGUGCGAGUUUUGUGUCACUGCACAUAAAAGGAUCAAUGCAUUCAAGGGUCACAAGAUCUUAUCCCUGGAGGAAGUCAAAAGAGUUGGCUCAAAGGCUCUUGUCAAGCCAGCAUUCUGCGAAAAGCAUGGUGGGGAGUUAGUCAAGCUCUUUUGCCAAACGUGCCAGAAAACAAUCUGCCGAGACUGCACCAUUGUUGAUCACCGAGAGCACAAGUAUGACUUUGUGGCUGAUAUUGCUGAAAAGGAAAGACGUUCUGUGCGCGCUAUUCUUGAGAAAUGUACAACUAAAGAAAAGGCAGUCGGGGAGGGUCUGAAAGCAGUACAAAACAUGAAAAGCCGUGUCUUAACUAAAGUCUCAGAGGUCAACAAACAGGUGGACUCUUUCAUUGAUGAGCAAGUGAAGGUACUAGAAGAACACCGUGCACACCUGAAGCAUAAAGCUACAACACAAGGCCAAGUUAAAGUAAAGCAGCUCGACAGUCAGGCAGACGAUCUUUCCUCCCUUUUGGCCCAGUUGAGAAGUGGCAUUGAUUUCACCGGUCAGGCCAUAGCAGAUGGAGAUGACGUAAAGCUCUUGUCCAUGAAGACACAACUUAUCAAGCGACUUUCUCAGCUCAAUUCUUCACAAGACCAGUUGAAACCCUGUCAGAAUGAUUAUAUGAAGCUUCAAGUGAAAAGAUCGAUUAAGGAUGAGGGGGAAUUGGCGCAAGUGAUGUACAAACAGUGUGACCCCCAAAGGUGCACCAUUAGUAUGGGAGGGAGAGAAGAAGGAUAUAUAUAUUCGACCAGCAUCAAUGAAGACGUGCAUUUCAUAGUUAUCGUCAAGGAUGAAAGCGGUGAUAGAGUUACAGAAGGUGGAUACAAAGUCAGCGUUCAAGUUCAAUUUCCGGAAAUUUAUCCUGCAUUCACUGGUUAUUUGCAAGGGGAAGCACUUGCAGUGCGAGAUAAUGGUGAUGGGUCAUAUACUUUCAAUUAUUGUCCAGUGCAACCUGGACUUUGCAGUUUGUCAGUGAUCGUUGAGGGUCAACCCAUCUAUGGAAGUCCAUUUCAGUGGCAGGUCGACCAGGAACGUGACCGAAGACUCGGUAGACGUGGUGUGACUUAUUAAAAAAAUAGGGCGAAUAGGAAUCGAGCUAAGUGAUCAUGAUUACUCACACAGGUUCAUUUGAAACAAUCUGAGACCCACGCUUCCUCAUUGUUUUUUGGGUCACAAAAACUCUGUUUAAGAGAUAUAUUACCACCCUGUGUCAUCAGCUGGAAAACAGCUUGCUUUAU